AUGCCGAGAAGAAAAUUUUGCGAAUAUCCAACACGACAUAUCGACUCUCUCAAUGCACCAAAAAUUCAAAGACCAGUUUCUUUACGACUCGAUCAAUUUAUGCGUGACCGGUAUGGUCUCGGUGAUGUUAAUGUCAGUGGACUCUGUGCAAAAUUCCACGCAUUCGAGAGCAAGCAGAUGGCAGAAGAUGGAAUGAUGGAUGUCGAAGAGAAUAUUAGUUCAAAUGAUGAUAUGUCAAAUGAUGAUGAAGAAGAACAAGACGAAGAAAAAGAAGAAGAAAAUAGUAAUGAAGACGAAAGUAGUGAUGAUGAUUCACUUCAUGAACUAACCUAUCAGCAAGAAGAAGCAAUGGAAACAUUAUCCAAUGUUUUUCGAAUGCUGAAUAUGAGCCCGAUUCAUGAUCAGUGA